AUGAGCGCCCUCGCCCCCAGCAGGAGCGCCCUGACCCCCCAGCAGGAGCGCCCUGGACCCCCAGCAGGAGCGCCCUGGCCCCCAGCAGGAGCGCCCUCGCCCCCAGCAGGAGCGCCCUCGCUCCCCAGCAGGAGCGCCCUGGACCCCCAGCAGGAGCGCCCUGGCCCCCAGCAGGAGCGCCCUCGCCCCCAGCAGGAGCGCCCUCGCCCCCAGCAGGAGCGCCCUGACCCCCCAGCAGGAGCGCCCUGGCCCCCAGCAGGAGCGCCCUGGCCCCCAGCAGGAGCGCCCUCGCCCCCAGCAGGAGCGCCCUCGCCCCCAGCAGGAGCGCCCUCGCCCCCAGCAGGAGCGCCCUCGCCCCCAGCAGGAGCACCCUCGCCCCCAGCAGGAGCGCCCUCGCCCCCAGCAGGAGCGCCCUGGCCCCCAGCAGGGGUGUACCAUGACGUGUCGCUCCCCCGGGAACAACACCUCACUCCGUCAGCGGGAGGUAAUAAUGUUGCCAGGCGCCUCCCCGCCAGUAAUGGUAUUUUCUCCUCCCCGAGCGCAGUCACCGGCUGCUCCGCCCAACAUGCAUUACCUUCACCAAUUUCAUAUUUUUAUCACGGUCUUCCAUCACGGCAGGACAG